ACCAAUGUUCAAAAUGUUGGAAAACUAUAUGUUACUACUAGAUUAGAUUAAAUAUUAGAAUUAGUGGCUUAUCAAAAAUAAAAAAGAAUUAUUAAAUAAAAACCACUUGAUAAUGUAUUACUAGAUCUCUUUAUAGUUCUACUCAUUUGACUCCAGUGAUAACUGUGAAGAAUUCAACGUUGAAAGUUGAAAUAUGGCAAUAAAUUUUGCAUCUUGGAUCAUCCUUCUUCAUCUUCUCCUAAUCCUAUUGUGUUCUAAUGGAAACCAAGCAAGGGAAAUUGUUGAAACAGAAAACAAAUCAUUGGAAAUUCAACACAACCAUCAUCAUCAUCAUCAUCAUCAACAUAAUCAUAUGACUCAUAAUAUUGAUCCUUCAUUGAUGGUCUUUUUCACUUUGAAAGAUUUGAAAGUUGGAAAAACAAUGCAAAUUUAUUUCCCUAAGAGAGACCCUUCAACUUCGCCAAAGUUAUGGCCAAAAGAAAAAGCUGAAUCACUUCCUUUCUCAUCAAACCAACUCUCAUAUCUUCUCAAAUUCUUCUCUUUUUCUCCAAACACUCCACAAGCCAUGGCUAUGGAAAACACCUUACAAGAAUGUGAAAGCAAACACAUCAAAGGAGAAGUCAAAUUCUGUGCUACUUCGUUACAAUCUAUGCUGGAAUUCACACAAAAAACUCUUGGUUCAACUUCUGAAAUCCAAGUUUAUGCAACUUUGCAUAAAACAAAGUCAAGUGUCACUUUUCAAAAUUACACUAUAGUAGAAAUUAUGAUGGAAAUUCUAGCUCCAAAAAUGGUGGCUUGUCACACUGUGCCUUACCCUUUUGCUGUUUUCUAUUGUCAUAGUCAAGAAAGUGAGAAUAGGGUGUAUAAAGUAUUACUAGGGGGUGAGAAUGGAGAUAAAGUUGAAGCUAUGGUUGUUUGUCAUAUGGAUACAUCACAAUGGUCACCUAGUCAUGUUUCAUUUCAAGUUCUUGGUGUUACACCAGGAAGUUCUUCUGUGUGUCACUUUUUUCCAGCUGAUAAUUAUAUUUGGGUCCCUAAAUUGAAAUCACAAGGUUCAUCUAGCAUGUGAUUUGUAAUAAUUUAGUACUAGUGUGCUUGCAAUUUGUGUUUAUGUUGCUAAAAAUAAUGUGUUGUAUUCAAAGCUAAAUAAGUUUUUUAUGAGUA